CUAUUCCUCGUAGCUAAUGGCACGCCAUUGCCUUAAGUAAAUUUAAGAAAGAAAUAAUUCAUACAGAGUACAUAAUUAUACUUUGGUUUGCGUUUGCGGUGAAGUCAAUGGAUCCUCAGUUGUGGCACAAAGUUGCUGCGAUUUCAGGAGUGGCAGCACUUGGAUUGGGAACCUAUGGUGCCCACGUCUUCAAGCCCCAAAACCCUGCUUACAAAGAUGUUUGGCACACAGCUUCGCUUUACCAUUUGGUUCACACUGCUGCCUUAGUUGCCGCCCCAAUUACAAAACACCCCAAUGUUUUUGGAGGCCUUCUGACCGCUGGUAUCUUGGUCUUCUCUGGGACGUGUUAUACUGUCGCAUUUCUUGAAGACAGAAAAUAUUCAACCAUGGCUCCAUUUGGCGGCUUUGCAUUUAUAGCAGCUUGGGGUAGCUUGUUUUUCUGAUGACUUCGACUCUAUUUUGGUCUGUGCUGUUACAACAUCUAUCUUAAGUUUGUUUCUAAGUAAUUACACUAUCACUGAAUCGACAGUUGCCCUGCCCAUAUUAUACUCUUCAUAUUUGUAAAUCUCUUACCAUUUGUCUUGCAAUGGUUUAUGGUCAUGAAAUAUAUGUAUCUACCGAUGAAUCAUCAGCGAAUGGCGAUGAUCCUAACAGAUUAAAGAUUUUCUGUUGAUUGUUGAAGCUGGCUGUGUAGCCCCCUCCUUAGCCGAAGUAAUAAUAAUAAUAACUACUUAUAUAACUUUA